AGAGAGAGAAGCGGUCUGGAGGCAGCCGACAAACCCUGGGGCUGGGGCUCAGGGAGGGAGGAUGGAGAAUGAGGAGGGCAAGCUGAGCGUGUGGCUGUGCCAGGAGGAGAAGCUGGUGUCGGGGCUCAGCCGGCGGACCACUUGUGCCGAUGUGGUCACCGCUGUGCUGGAGGAGAGCCGGCGGAGCGGGGCUCCGGCUCUGUCCGGGGACCCCUCCACCUACUGCCUGGUGGAGAAGUGGAGGGGCUUCGAGAGGACCCUGCCCGACAAGACCAGGAUCCUGAGGCUGUGGAGCGCCUGGGGGGAGGAGAGGGAGCGGGUCACCUUCGUGUUGCUGAAGAGCCAGGCGGUGUCCGCGACCGGCAGCCCCCGCAGCGCCGAGGCCAAGGUGGUGCUCAGCUCCCAAGGGGGGGCGUCGCUGCGCGGCCCGGGCCGCCUCAGCCUGGCGCUGCUGCCCCAGCACAAGCAGAGGCGGGUGGUCCGCAAGGCCUUCCGCAAGCUGGCCAAGCUGAACCGGGCCAAGAGGAGGGCGGGCUGCCCGCCGGGGGCCGGAGCUGGAGCUGACACCAUGGAGACCUUGGUCCACCUGGUCCUCUCCCAGGACCACACCAUCCGCCAGCAGCUGCACAGGAUCCGGGAGCUGGACAGGGAGAUCGAGCGCUACGAGAGCAGCAUCCACCAGGACCGGGUCAGGAGGCACGGGGUCAACUACGUGCAGGACACCUACCUGCUGGAGCCCCCCGAGCGGGAGCUGGAGCUGGAGCUGGAGCUGACCCCCGGCUCCUCCUCCCUCCCGGAGCUCCCCCUCCUGCAGCGGGAACUCACCCGGCGCCAGCAGCAGCUGCAGCGCCUCCGCCUGGAGCUGGAGCAGGAGCUGGAGCUGAGGAGCGGCCAGGGAGAGGAGCCCGGGGUCGGCCCCGGGGGGGAGGACCCCCCGCCACUGCUGCUGGAGCAGGAGCGGCUCCGCACCCAGCUCAGCGCCAGCCUCUACACCGGCCUGAGGCUGGACACCGAGCUGGAGCUGAGCAGCCAGCAGCUGGCCGCCAGCCAGAGGCUGUGCCAGCAGAAACACAGCGAGCUGCAGGGGCUGCUGGAGCAGCUCCACUCACUGAGGCUGGACGGGGAGCAGGAGCACGGGAGGACAUGUGCCCAGGUCAGUGAGGCCCAGGUCAGUGAGCCCCAGGACACCCCCACUCUGGACAGCAGCAGCGCCUGGCUUGACCCCGGGGGGGUGUCCAGCAGCUGCCAGGUCCCUGAUGAAGACUCGGACACUGGCCUCAGCUCCAUGAACAGUCAGGAUUCCGACACCAUCCCAGUUUCUGAGUCUCUGGUAUAGCGCCUAAGGAAGCGGCGGUGAACAGGACCACAGUCUCAGGGAGAGCCAAGCUGUGAACAUCGAGUGAUUAAAGGGGAAAUUGAUCCACAUUACCUUCACCAUGGGAGGAUGCAUUUCAAAAGUUUACUUCCCUUAAUAGAACGGCACUGUAAUGAAACAAAUUGUAAUAAAUAUAAUCAUUUUUCGUUUGCAAA